UGCCGUCUCUCUCCCACCAAAGCCCGAGACAAUCCGGGAACCACUACCUCCGCAGGACCACUGUGCUGCACGCAUCCUUUGGAGUCACUCGCACCGCUGCCGCUACAAUGACGUCCCCUGCUGUUCCACCGCUCGCACACCGCCGCAAGCGCGCAAAAACUUCUCGCGAAAAUAGCCCUGAACACAGCACAUUACGCCCUACAGGCAAAACCCCGAGUCCGCCUGUCGAGUCUGCCGAUACUAGCGGGUUACAUUCGGGCGACGAAAGCAGCGAGCUGUCUGAAUCGAGCGAGGAGCCGAGCGACUUGAGCUCAAGCGAAGACGAUGAAGACGAUGGCACCAAGAUGGCACCCACGGCUUUGAAAGAACCAGAGGUCGAGAACCUCAGGGCGAACAGAGGACAGAAGCCCACAUACAAAUUGGACGAAGAGGAACUUGGCCCAGAUAUCAGAACAUUCCUAAAAGACUUCCUGCCCAAGUUGAAGGCCGCCAACGAAGAGCUCGAGGCGGAUCGCAUGCGGGGAACCCUUAAAAAACGCGAGAUCGACGCCGUCGACGGAGAGGAAGAUCAACAGUACAUUGAGAUGAACCUCGGUCUUGGCGUGCUGAAGGUGAAAGACGCUGACCACAGCUCGGAAAGCAGCAGUGACAGCGACAGCGAGAUGGGCGACGGCGACGGCGACAGCAACAACACAAAAGAGAAGAAUCUACUCGGCAAACUCAUGGGUCAGGACAAGACAAAAGAGGCAGCUGGGAUUCAAGAGGUCAACGAGAAGCAAGGUGUCUGAGGCUUGCAUCGUCUUGAUUCGUUGACUAGGACCGUGUAC